AACACAAACGGGCGAAUCUGUCACAGCGACGCAGUGCGUGAUACUGAGCUUCCGUCGCUUCAUCUCAGUGCUGUCAGCAAGCAAUUCACACCGGGCCUGUAGGAUGUUGCAGUCGGGCACUGUCAGCGCUCGAGCUGAGGCCAUUGCAGCUGACGAACAAUAUGAUAUUGGGCGGAACCUCAGGAACCACGAUCCAAAAGUCCUUUCCUUCCCGAGUUCUGGGCGACUCGCCCAGCUAUCUCUACGCUCACCGAUGUCGGAAACGCCGUACACCAUCGCCGUAUCGGACGAUGCCCUGGCCUCGCUUCACCAAAAACUCAAAGCGACGAGAUUGCCGGACGAGCUGGACGAGGCGGCGUGGGACUACGGCGUGCCACUGGCAGACAUCAAGCGGCUCGUCGCCCGAUGGCGCGACGGGUACGACUGGCGCACGCACGAAGCUGCUCUCAAUGCGGAACUGCCUCAGUUCACCCGCGACAUCGCUGUGGACGGCCACGGGACGCUCAACGUCCACUACGUUCAUCAGAGGAGCGUAGUACAGGGCGCAGUCCCGCUGUUGUUCGUGCACGGGUGGCCGGGCAGCUUCUUCGAGGCAAGGAAGAUCGUGCCGUUGCUUGUCGCGCGUUCGAGUGAACAUCCGAGUUUCCACGUUGUUGUGAUGAGUCUACCAGGGUGCGGGUUCUCUGAGGCCCCGAGAAAGAAGGGAUUCGCCAUUGACCAGCAUGCUGAGGUCGGCCACAAGAUCAUGCUUGCGUUGGGUUACAACGAAUACGUCACACAAGGGGGCGACUGGGGCUACUUCAUCACGCGCCGCAUCGCGAAGCGCUAUGGCCACCAGCACAACAAAGCCUGGCACACCAACUUGCCCUUGGGACGUCCACCGACGCUUUACUACGAGCCGCUUUCAUUUUUGGCUUUGUGUGUAAGAGGGUUGACGCAGGAGGAAAAAGACGGUCUUGCGCAGACGGGACGGUUCAACAGCCGCUCGAGAGGAUUCCAUGCCCAGCAAUCGACGCGACCCCAAACUGUCGGCUACGCGCUGGCCGAUUCCCCCGUCGGACUACUGGCCUGGAUCUACGAGAAACUGGUGGAAUUGGCGGACAAGUAUCCCUGGAAUGACGACGAAGAGGGUCGGUCGGAUGUGACAAAGGACAUCUAUGGACCCGCAGAUUACCCGACUAUCCCGAUGGGCAUGUCUCACUUCGCGGGAGAAAAGGUCAAUAUCCCAGUUAGCUGGACCAAUGCCUCCGGAAACAUCGUACACCGUAACAAGCACGAGCGUGGAGGCCAUUUUCCUGCGUAUGAAGCUCCGCAUUCGCUCGUCGAUGAUCUACGUGCGAUGUACGGAAAGGGCGGCCCGGUGUUCGACAUUGUGAAAGGACACAGCGGCUAUGAUUGAGAGACGCAAGAUGGGUUUGCCAGAGUGUAGUCGAUCGGUGGUCCUGUAGAAUCAACUGCCAGAAUGAGACCACCUGGGCGGAAAUUUAAGCUCCGUUCCACCCAAAUCAACGAUAGUGACAUUGUAGGGACAGGGAGGAUUUGUUAUAUCCG